GAUCUAGUAUAAAUCAUGAUGUUGACAUGCGACUUCUGUAGCUUGAAUAGAAAACCCAGAUCUCAACUUAGAUAUGAUAAAUACAACUCUGAUAUUGAUGUGUACACUUCAAUGUUGUCGAACCCCAGACUUCGUCGAUUGGUAGUUCUAGGUCUAGGAUUUCUUAGUUUAUCCCUUGGUCUCUUUCUCGUCAUAUAUCCUGCUCCAGAUCUAUCUGCUGAACAGGAUAUCCUGAGCAGAAUUGCAGAGCUAGAUGAAAGAUUAAAACAUUCCAAUGCCUUAAAUGAUCAGAGGAAAGCAGAGUUAAAGGAGAUAUCGCAGGAUUUUACUGAGCUGCUUAACCUUGUAAAACAGCACCAAGAUCAAUAUGAGGAUAAUAAUUCUGCUUUGAACCAGAAACUUCACCAGUAUGAGGAUAAGGGGUUGUUUGCUGGUAAUAUGAGUGGAAGGUUUGACCUGACCGUACCUGGGCUAGCUGCCUUUCUUCCUAAUACACUUAGAUCUUCCAGAGCUUUACAGCCGGCCAUAAAAAUAUCCAGGGAUAGGAAUCAUGUCUCCAUGGUCAUAGGUGAGUUGAAUAGUACUAUGUAUAGUUUUUGA